AUGGAUCAGCAUUGCAUUUGCAUGGAUUCAACACAAGAAAACCAAAGCAACAAUGAACAUGGAAUUUUGCUGCAACACAAGAAUGGUGAAACAAGCUCCUCAUCAUCAACAUCUUCAAGUUCAUCAUCAAUGAAUGAUUUCUUCCAACAUGAAGAAUCAUCUUCAUCGUCACCACCGAAUAAAGAUCAUAGUCUGAAUUUUGGAUCAGAAACAUCAACAGGAAACCCAUUUAUUUCUGUUUCUGAAGUUCCUAGUAUUGAAAAUUUUAGAUCACAAUCUCCUCCUCCAAUUCAAGUCAUGGGAAAAUAUGAUGUUCCAGAUCCAAACAGAAUACCUUCCUCUGUUUUCACAAGAACAUCUACAACACCAAUGGAGUGGAGUGUGGCUUCAAAUGAAUCAUUGUUUAGUAUUCAUCUUGGAAACUCUAGUUUUUCCAGAGACCAUGUCAAUAUUUUUGGAUUGUCUGAAUUACAUCAUGCAGAUGAAUUGAGUUCAACAGCA